UCCUCCUAUCCCACCUCUCCUCUCCGCUCUUCUUCAACGCUCCCAUCAGGACCACGGGGAUGUGAAGCAUUGAUAAACACAAAGCUGGAGCUUUUAUUUUGUGGGGUUUGGAUAAAAGACAGUAACUCCAGACUAAGGGGGUGAUUUUUAGUUCAGUGGGUCGACCAUGACUACAACCUCCGUAGUAUGAGCAACCUGAUGGGCGAGCGGCGGAAGAAAGUGAACGAUGGGGGAGAGCGGAGUCUCAUCAAGGCUCCGUCCAGCUCCAGCAUCAGCAGCCAAGGCGCCUCCGCUGGUGCCUCCGCCGCCGGCGCCUCAGCGGCAGCCUCCUCCUCCUCCUCCUCCGCCGCCGCCGCCGCCACCGGGGACCUGGAGAGGGCUGCGCGGAAGCAGUUCCAGCAAGAUGUCACCCCCGGCUUCGUGUACGUCCUGGCCGUGUUCUCCGCCCUGGGCGGCUUCCUGUUCGGCUAUGACACCGGGGUGAUCUCCGGGGCGAUGCUCCUGCUGAAGAGGGAGCUGGAGCUGAGCGCGCUGUGGCAGGAGGUGCUCAUAUCCAGUACUGUGGCCGCGGCCGCCCUGUCCGCCCUGCUGGGCGGCUUCCUCAACGGGCUCUUCGGGCGCAGAGUGUGCAUCCUGCUGGCCAGCUUCUUCUUCACCGUCGGGGGGAUCGUACUGAGCACCGCCCCCGGAAAAGAGGUGCUUUUGACGGGCAGACUCAUCGUUGGAGUCGGUCUCGGUAAGACGCGUUCAGAACGGCUUCUGUUCUUAUAGAAAUGAGACAAGGUGACAAAGUUAGAUUCACGUUGUAUUUAAUGGCAUGAGACGUAAGUACAGUUGCACUUAACUGGAAACCAGAAAAGUUACCUCACCCCAGUGCAGCAGAUGCUUUAUAGAUUUGUGCAUGAUCCCUUUUCACUUGUUCUCCAUUAAAGUUCAAAGGUCAUCAGGUCUUAAAGCUUUUUGCAGUGAUUUGGUUUGUUGUUGUCCCUCGUCUCCUCGUCUCAACACACUCCACAGUUUGUAAUUACACAGCAUGGCCCUCUGCUUCAGGCUGCACUGUCUCCAUUAUUACCAUCAUUAUCAGCUUUAUUAGAUUUGAUGUGCUACUAUUAAGAGAACAACCAAUAAACUCCUCCUGAAUGAUAAAUAAAUAGGAGGCAGACAUCCCGCUGCCCAAAAGGAAGAUCAAAUGAACACAGAGAGCUUGCAGGAGACUUUUAGUGUUGAUCAGGUUACAGUACGUCUAUCAGUGACUGAUGUCAGAUGAACGUAUGUGACUGGAUGCACACUGUCACCCACUCUGCUCCCCUUCCCGCAUUAACAUCUUUGCUUUCCCCUCUCUCGACUCGUCCCCCUCCCCUCCGCUCGGCGCUUGCUCUCACAUGCACUCUGCCUUUUGAUCAGAAUUCAAUGGAGCCCAAAUUAUUCCUAGUGGAUGCUGUUGCUUGUGAGUCACAUCCUCUGUAGACGGGGCCGUUAAAACUGGCUUUCAAGGCUGAGCGCCACUUGUUCUGUUGAGAGUAGGGAGCACUCUCCUCAGUGAUACAUGGGGGGAUUGCAGUACAUUCUUUUUCCUCAGUAAACCACUGGAAAGGAGACUUAAUUCUUAACUAACCCUCCCCAAACGAAGUGAAGAGCUUUGUGUUUACUUCCUUUACAGACGUACUGUAGCAAUUAGAUUUCAGCUGACAUUUGCAUUCUGACCCAGUUUAGGACCAUUUCAGCUGCUUCUUGAGGAUUUGUUAUGAACCAUAAUCUUUAAGCUAAUAAUGGUUGUUUGCAUGUUUGCUUAUUCAUUACUGCUGGAGAAAUAUUGAAAAACAGAUGAUGAGGAAUUAUAGAAAGAACCCAUGCUUCAGUUUAUGUAUUCAUUAGCUUUUUAAGUAUUUUGGAAUGUAUGUUGAUUGCAGUAUAAAUGUCUCAUUCUGUCAUUAAAAACUGGUAAAACCUGGGAACAAGAAGUGCUAAUAUAAAAACACUCACCACAAAUAUGGAAAAGAUCCUCAUGGACAACCUCAACAUAGGACAGGACAGGAGUUUCUAUGUCCUGUGGUGGAGACACACGUGAGCCCCUUGAUGAUCCCGUCCAGCGUUUUUACAGGUUUUAUCGCUUAGAACUGGAUUGUAGCAGUGGCUGUAUGUCUCAGUGAAAACAGGUCCGGAGCUUUGGGUUGGAUAAUAACAAUUUUUUAUAACAGUCAGGAAAAUCUUAUUACUGAGGAUCAAAUUAAAAGUAAUGCUAUUAAGAUGCAUUGAAGGACCUGUUAGAGCUCUUAUACAGUGUUUUACAAUGUUAACUCAAACAUCCAAGUUACAGUUUAUCUUCAUACAGUAAAUGCAGCUUUUAUGCAGCUGUUGCCCUCUUCAAAUAUUUGCUUACCUGUUACCUGCUGCUGAUUAUAUUCUACUGCAGUCUGAUAAACAGACCACUGCUCACUUACACAAUUCAAAAUAGCAGUAAAUAAACACACAGGAGCUCUGGCUGCUCACAUGCGAAGGAAAGCGCUUGCGUCAUUUCAGCUGUUUCAUUACACUGUAAGCGUCGAUGUCAUUAGAAGCCUCCCCGUUUCCUGUCACCACCUUUUCCGUCAUGCUGAUCUUCAUUAGGCUAAAAUGCACCAGACGAGCCCUGCUCCAUAAUGAAGCCCAUUCUGGCCUGUGGAGGCGCUAAUAAGGAAACAUUUUUCACUGCGUGCCAUUAGGCGAGCGCGUCACCUGUGCGCUCGUUAACAGCCGCUGCUUCUCGGGAAAAGCUAAUUGCGUAGCAUUUCUGAACCAGCGCUCUGCAAAAGGUCACGGGGUGUUUGUCAAAGCAGAAAAGGCCACACGCCACCAGGCCCCGACU